CGGUGUUUAUAUAAAUAGAUAGUUUAUAUGAAUAGAUACUGCAGGAAAUGUGUAUAAAAGUAGUUUUUGUAGCAGAAAAAAGGUGAAAGUGGAACUUAGCUACUUAGCUUAGCAACUGACAAGCUGUUUGUUUACAUGUCCUCGUGCCAAUUAAGUGAGAAAUGUGAACUGGAUCCUUUUGCUCAUCACUGUGAGGCUCUGAGAGCUUCCUGAUGUGUAACUCAGACCGAGAGCUGAUAGAUGAUGUGCUGUCAUUAAGGAAUCAGUUGCGACGAACCGAGUUUAACCUUCAGGCUCUGGGAGAACAGUUAAGCCAGUCGGAAAAUGACAGUAUUGACAGCGUUAAAAUCGGAAGCGGAUCGGAAGGUUUCCCGGGUCACGUCACCUUCGACGAUCUUCACAAGCCUGGUGCCGUGAAGGCAUCGUCAUACCCAGGAAUAGUGAGGAGAUCCAGCACUCCAAAGCCAGCAGAGCAGAAAACGUGUGCAAGAUCGCACAGCUCUGACAGUAGACCCCGAUCAGACACAGAGAUGGACAAUGAGGCGGCUCAUCUCAGGAGGAAGCUCAGCUCGGUGAGGGAGGAGAACUCGUCUCUGGUGUUGGAGAACAGGCAGUUGAUCAACGAUCUGGAGGCCGCACAGCUCGAGAUCGCCAGCUCAAAGACUAAGAUGCGAGUUCUAGGUUCCACUAUAGGUGCAAAGACCUCCAGCGUGUCCUUCAUGAAAGAGCAAAUCCUGGACCUGGAGGCACAGCUAGAAGCUCAAGCCAAAGCUUUACAGGAAGCGGACCUGAAGCGUGCAGCGAGCGAGCAGACCGCACUGCAGUGUAACAGAGUGGUGGAGAAACUCAGAGAUGAGGUGAAUGCGGUGAAAUCGGAGCUAUGUGAGAAAACCGAACAGUGGAAGCGGACUGAGCAGCAAAGGAACCAGGCUUUGCGAAACGCAGAGAAACUCACAGUGGCUUUCAGAAACUACAAACAAGAUGUUGCUGAAAAAUUAAAGAAGGUGAUGGAGAACGAGGGCAAACUGAAGAAAAGUUUAAUUGAGUGUGACCGAGAACGAGAGGAGCUGGAGAAAAGAUGUACAGAGCUAGAGAGAGAGAAGGAGAGGACAAGCCACGGCCUGAGCAAGGAGCUGAAGGAGGCACGAGUCCAUUCCGAGAUGCUCUCCACCGAGCGUCAGGAGCUGCAGGCCCAAGUCCGGCAAGCGACGGAGCAGCUGGAUCGACUGCAGAGGGAGCAGAAGCAGAAGGAGACACAACUGCAGGAGGUGGAAGGACUCAGGAGGGAGAGGGAGGACCUAAGACUCCUCACGGCCUGUCAGGAGCAGAGACUGUCUCAGACUCACCGGGACAUGGAGCAAGCCAGAUCAGAGCUGGCCAGUCUGGAGAAGGUCCUGGACAUGCUGCAUCUUAGAGAGAACGGCGACGGAGCUUUGUGUGCGAAUCCAUGUCAUUUACCCUCAUUGACUUUGAGCUCAGUCACAGAGACUCUCCACCACAAGCCAGCCGAGGGGUAUCAGAAGCUGCUAGCGGCGUUGCAGAGCGUUGAGAAGGAGAAGAAGAGGCAGGCGAGCGCCGCACACAGCCUGCAGGAGAGACUGAGCCGAGCACAAGAGGAGAUCUCAUCCCUCCAGACCUCCAUCACACAGAGAGCAUCUCACUACCAACAGCUUCACAACCAGCUGCUGGAUAAAGCUACCCAGGCCACCAUGCUGGAGAAAGAGCUGAAGAAGAAAAGCUCCCGUCUGGUCGUGGUGGAGAAACAACUACAGGAGAAAAGUGCUGCUUACUCACAGGCUGCUAUUAAAACCAGCCAGCUGGAGCAGGAGAUAAUGGAAAAGGAAAGCAGCAUCCAUCAUUAUCAAUCGCUCCUAAAGAAAAGACAGAAAGAAUAUCAGCAGGCUCUGGAGACCUCCAAGGUGGCCGAAACCCACAGAUGCAGGGAACUGGAGGACAGGAUGGAGGUGCUGCAAUUGUCUCUGGCUCAGAGUCAGGCUGAAGUAGCAGAGUUAAAGCAGACCGUCUCUGAUCUCCAAUCCAAGAAACAGCAAGUAGAACAUCAGGCCAGUUUACUGCAGGAGUCUGUGGAACGGCUUAAACAGGAAAUGGAGAUUAGGGAGAAGCGUAGUGAGGAAGCAGCACAUGCUUUUGAAGAGCAGGCCUUAGAGAUGGCUUCUAAGAUGAAGUUGAUGGAGUGUGAGCUGUCGUGCUGUAAGGAGGAGCUGAGCGACGGCCUGGAGAAGGUUGAGAAGGUCAAGCAGCAGUACGAGAAGCAACUGGAGCUGAAGAACUCCGAGCUGUCAGUUCUGCAGGAGACGCUGAGGAGCAGAGCUCUGGCCUGUGAGAGCUCCAGUGAGGAGAACCUGCAGCUUCAACACUCCAUACAGAGACAGCAGGCCAUGGUGCAGGAGAGCAGCAGCCGCAUCGCACAGCUGGAGGAUAGCCAGAGUCACCUGCAGAGCCAGGUUUCCCAUCUGGAGCAGGAGCUGGAGAGGGAGCGCAGCACUUCAUCAAACCAGCUCAGGAGGAAGCAGGUGGAGGUGGAGGAGACCAAGCAGGAGGUGCAGAAGAAGGAGAAGCAGGCUGCUGAACUCUCUGCUUCCAUAACGCAGCUGAGCUCCGAGAUGAACGCAUGCAGAGAGGAGCUUACAGACAUGGAGAAGGAGCUGCUGCAGCUGAGGAGGGACAGCAGCACUAAAGCCACACAGCUGAGUCAGAUGGAGGAGACGCUGCAGGAGACCAAGGGCAUGCUGGACAAGAAGAGCGAAAUGGUGCUGGACCUGGAGGAGAAGCUCCACCGGAGUGAGAUGGACAGGCGGAACUCUCUACAGCGGGCUCAGUUGCUAGAGGAGCAGUUACACACCGUGCGCGGCGAGCUGACCGAUACGCUCGGACACCUGGAGGAGCUGAGGGAUGUGCUGCAGAGGACUCAGCUGACCGCCGACCAGCAGCAGGCCGCCAUUCACCAGCUGACCGCAGAGCUCAGGGAGAGCAAGCAAGAGCUGGAGGAGAGGAAUCAUGAGGUGUUGGACAUGGACACUGCACUAAAAGAGAGACAGGGAGAACUUCAGCAGAGAGCAGAGCUGCUCGGACAGCUGGACGUGGUCAUCAAGGAGCAUAAGCUGGAGAUGGAGAGGAAGGUGGAGCAUCUGCAGGACGCUCUGAAGAAGAACGAGAGAAAGCUUAGAGAGAGAGAUAAACAGGUGGGGUUUCUGACCGAGAGACUGGAGCUGGUGAACUCCCAGGUCCAGGGGAAGGAGGAUCUGGAAAAGAGUGUGUCGGAGCUCGGUCAGCAGCUACGUGUGUGUCGCGAACAGCUCCAGAAGAGCGCCCAGGAUCUGCAGGACGCACACACUCGCUGCGACGCUCUGAGCAGUCGGCUGGAGGACGUCACACAGCAGGAGAGACAGAAGGUGAUUGACAUACAGCAGCUGCAGGAACAGCUCCGUGUGGUGGAGACUCAGCGGCUACAGAGUGAGGCUCAGCUGCAGGCCACAGUCACUGAACUACAGCAUGACCUAGAACAGCAAAGAGAAGAGAGCAACAGAGAGGUGUCGGCUCUACAGCAGACACGCAGCCAGCUCCUGAAGGUGUCCGAGCAGAUCUCCGUCAGCCUCCGUAGCUCUCAGGAGCAGCUGGAUGAAGCCAGAGCCGACGCUGCCGAACUCCGCCCGCGGCUCCAGUCCACACAGCAGCUCUUACAGCACGCCAACGAAGCGCUGCUCAUUAAGGAAUCGGAGAUCGCACGUCUCCAAGCGAAGAUCUCCAGCCUUGAGAGAGCCUCCACCCUCAGCUCCACGCUCCAUCAUGAGUCUAGCGCAUUCGCUCCGCUCUCUCCUCCCCUCAAAGCCCUCUUGCCCAGUGUCCCGCCUUCCCUCAACGACCCCCUCGCUCGCUCCAGCAUCUCCUCCACAUCCUGGCAGGAAGCUUCUUCGGAUGUGUCUCUGGAGCUCUCUGAGAGCCUUAAGGCCAGCGUGAAGGCGGCGCUGAAGCCUCCGAGUUCCCCACGCAGCGGGUGGCAGGGCCUGAGCCACACAGAGCUCUCUUCCAGCUCGGACAUGACCUUCAACCCGCUCACCUACAUGCUGGACGGAGAGGAACCUGAGGAACCGGACAUGGACUCUCUGUCAGGUAUGCUGAGGUUUGUUAAUCAGACUCUGGCCCUGCAGGAUCAGCACUCUGACACACACAUCCAGGCAAGUACACACAGCAAUGUGAGCUCAAACAGGAAAGAAGGGAUCUCUUAAUGCAGAUGUCUCUCAGCAGCUUUAUAAUCAGACUAUAAUCAGGAUUACGCAGUUCUUUAGAUGUUCUUGAGCUCAAAGAACAGCGUCUCGAAGGCUGUUGUUGGACUUCUGCAGAAGCCCGGUUGUAUUUCCUGUCCAUCUGAUGCUCUGGUUUCAUCUCACAGGACUUGUUCAUGUAUUAAAAACAAUCCUGAUCACUUGAAGUUUGUGAAUUUUUAUUUUUUUUAAAUUAUUUUUAAGUUUUUAUUUUUUAUAUAUAUUCAUGUCUGUGUCUUGCUGUCUUCAAUAAACAAAUCUAUUUUAUAA